UUUGAAAACUUGGCCAUAUCCACACUGAACAAAACCUACGCUACAAAUCCACACAUUGUUUAUGACUUGCUCAUCUAUAAGUUAAAAGGAUCGUGGAAUGGUUACAGCUGUGUGGACUUAGCGUUACUUAACAAUCUUGGCAAAUUUUUAUCUCAAACACCGUGCAUCCUGCUGAAUAAAGAGAUGUGGAACAAUUGCACUGUUCCAUCACACAGUAGAUCUGAACAACCAAAACCGGAACUGGCAGAAACAUCGAAAAAAAAUUUGUGCAUUAGCAUGUUCAGUAAACUACAAGUUCCGAGGGUGAUAGCCUUUCUUCGAUUUAUAUUUCACCUUAUAUUUCUGGGAUUCUUUGCUAUUUGGAUAAUCUCCUUUCUAGCAGUUAACACAUUGCAUUGGAUUGAAUGGGUACUUUUGACUUGGGUAAUAUUCUACUCAGCUGAAAUCGUCAAUCAGUGUAUACGCAACGUUAUGAGACACAGAUGGUCAUGUUGGAGUUUUAUAGAUCGCAUAGAACUAGUUUCUGUUCUCUUAUUUCUCAUUUCCUGGAUCUUACAUAUCGCUGCCUACAUGCAUCAGGACAAACAACAACUAAUGGACUGCGUUUUAACAUUGUUUAGUAUUGACUUCAUGCUCUUUUGUAUUUAUACAUUAGAGUUCUGUUACAUCACAAAAUCAUUAGGACCAAGGCUUAUUGUUAUCAUAAAAAUGGCUAAAAUUUUGAGCCAGUUUCUACUCAUCAUUUUUGCAUUCUUCAUCGCCUUCGCUGUGUCUUCACAAGCUGUUCUAUAUCCUAAGACACAACUGACUGGUCUGUUAUUUUUUCGAAUUUUCAAACGACCUUUUUGGUCAGUGUUUGGAGAUCUUACGUUGGACGAGCUUGAUCCCAAUGCGGAAUGUACUGAUAAUGCAACGUUGUACUACGAUUAUAAGCAGCUACGAUGUCCUUCUGACGUGGGAAGUUACUACGUGCCAAUAAUUAUGGGCCUCUAUGUCAUUAUAGUUAAUAUUCUUCUGUUCAAUUUAAUCAUCGCACUUUUCAACUCUGCAAUAAAAACAAACGAAGAGGAAGUGGAAGAAUUAUGGCAUCGUCAGUUUAUGUCAUUUACCUGUGAACAUAGUAUACUUUUGUUUAUGAUACCACCAAUUACAUGGCUGUCUUGUCUUCUACAACAAGAUGAGAACAGCAGACGUUAUCCUUUCGAUUUGGAAGGACAGGACCUUGAAAAAAUGAUUAAACUAGCAAGUAUUGAGACAGAACAAAGAGACAUGUAUCUCAAAGAAGUGGAAGACAUAAAACAGAACACAAUGUCUUUAGCUACACCUUCAGUAGUUUCACAAGGUAUAUUCUUUUCAUCAUAUUUCUUCACAAUAUCCAUUUUAAAAUAAAGUUUUUUAACACGCUAUAGACGCAUAAUUAUGGCCGGAACACCACAUUCUUUUCUCUAUUUUAAAUUUUGUAUUGAACAGGCUACAUUUUAACGAUCAACCUAACAUAUCUGGAAGUAGUGUAUAUGCCACAAGGAAAUUUUAAGACCAGCUCUCUUUUUAGUCUCUCUCUCUCUCUGCCUCUCUCUCUCUCUCUUCAAUCUCUGGAACGCCUAUUUAUUUUUAACCUGCACAUCCUUAUUUCUUAUUAAUAGACUUUUGACUUGAUGUGGAAAGACCCGCUUCAUAAUGCGCUUCAUAAUGCG